UUUCAACCCCCUGAUUCCAGGGAAAGCCCGAUUUCCCUGGGAGGGCGGGUCUCCGUGUCGUCGGUUUUGUGUCUCUUUCUCUUCGUCACCCCUUCGGGCGACCAGCCGGCUGCCCGGGGGUUAGUGACGCGGCACCGAGCGCCGUUUGGUAGUUUCGCCACACUGUCCUUUCAGAGACGCGCUCGCCGUGUUUGUGGUCUAACGCGUGUUCUUUUCUCGCCUAGGAGGAGUCAUUACAGACUCCAAAGCGGUUUCCCCCGCUGCUUUGCACGCACCAUAGAAUCAGUGGCGUUUGUAUUCGGAUCCGUUUCCUCAGUGUCCCCACCAUUAACCCCUGUCAGGCACGGAAAGUCGGGGUCGGUGAGCCAUGAGUUGUGGGAAAGAAUUUGUGGAAACGUUAAAAAAGAUCGGUUAUCCCAAAGCCGACUCUCUCAAUGGGGAAGACUUCGACUGGUUGUUCGAGGCGGGCGAGGACGAGGCCUUCCUGAGGUGGUUCUGCGGGGCGGUGAGCGAGCAGAACGUGGUGUCCGCGGAGGAGCUGGACGCCUUCAGCAGCCUCCGGCGGGCGGGCCGGCCCGUGCUGGAGGGCGCGGCGCUGGGCGAGGCUCUCCGAACCUGUCCGGCCUCCGGUCUGAGGGCGCCGGGCCCGGACAGCCAGGAGCUGGAGAGAUUAGAGCGGGAGGUGCAGGCGCUGCAGAAACUGAAGGACCUGCAAGUUCAGCGCCGCAACCGAGGCCAGGUGAUGGCUUCGGCAGCUCGGCACCGGUCUCUGAGGGUGCGCGCCGGCGGAGACGCCGCCGCGAAGAAGCUGAAGCGCAGCCAGGGAGCUCUGAACGCCGCGAGUGCUCAGGUGAAGGAGGACCUUCAGGCCGUUACGGACGGACUCGCGACGCUGAUGGUGUUCUUCAGACCUUCGAGUGCGGGCCGAGGGACAGAUCCGCCGGUGUUUUUAUAUCAGUUUUCCUUGGAAAACUACCUCAGCCAGGAAGAGCGAAGCACAGCAGCGUUAACCUUAUAUUCCAAAAACCAGGUCUUUCAGGGUAUCCAUGAAGUCGUUGAAAGCUCCAAUGAAGAAAACUUCCAGCUUUUAGAUAUGCAGGCACCAUCUGGUUGUGAUAGUCAAGAAAUCCUUGAGGAGAGACGGCUGGAGAUGGCGAGGCUGCAGCUAGCGUACAUUUGCACUCAACAUCAGUUAAUUCACUUGAAAGCAAGUAAUUCGAGCAUGAAGUCAAGAAUAAAAUGGGCAGAGGAGAAUCUUCAUAGCCUCACUAGCAAGGUUCUUGGAAAAGAUCAUUUGGAUGCUAAAAUUUCUAGCUUGAACAGUCAGAUUCUGAAACUUGAAGAACAAAUAACUCAUAUAAAAGAGAAAAGCUUGCCUGCUGUGGUAAAAGAGAAUGCCCAGUUAUUGAAUAUGCCAGUUGUAAAAGGAGAUUUUGAUCAGCAGAUUGCCAAGCAAGACUAUUAUACAGAAAAACAAGAGUUAGUUUUAAAUCAGCUCAUAAAGCAAAAGGCAUCAUUUGAACUUCUGCAAUUAUCAUAUGAAAUUGAAUUGAGAAAGCAUCGGGACAUACAUCGUCAACUUGAAAAUUUGGUUCAAGAACUUAAUCGAAGUAAUAUGAUACUCCACCAGCGAUUAGAAAUGCUAGCUGACCCAUCAAUAUCUCAGCAGAUAAAUGCAAGGAAUAUUAUUGAUACCAAGGAUUAUUCUACUCACAGGCUUUAUCAACUUUUAGAAGGAGAGAAUAAGAAAAAAGAAUUGUUUAUAACCCAUGGAAACCUGGAAGAAGUGGCUGAGAAAUUAAAACAAGAUGUUUCUUUAGUACAAGAUCAGUUGGUACUCUCUGCUCAAGAACAUUCUUACUUUCUGUCCAAACUUAAUAAUGAUGUGGACCUGCUUUGUGAUGUUUUAUAUCAAGGAGGAAACCAGCUUUUGCUUAGUGAUCAGGAGUUAACAGAGCGAUUUCAUCAAGUUGAGUCUCAGCUGAAUAAGCUAAAUCAUCUUCUUACUGAUAUUCUUGCUGAUGUGAAGACAAAAAGAAAAAUUUUGGCAUCUAAUAAACUGCAUCAAAUGGAAAGAGAGUUAUAUGUAUAUUUUUUAAAAGAUGGAGAUUAUCUGAAAAAGAUUGUUGAGAAUUUAGAAAACCAAUCUAAGGUUAAGGCUGUUGGUCUCAAAGAUUGAAAGUUACUAAAAACUGAAUCUUUACUACAUAUGUUAUAUUUUAAUGUUUUACAUAUGAGGAGGAGACUAUAGCUAAUUAACACUAUAAAAAUUUUAAAUUUGAGGUCAGUGGAAUAUUUAAUGAGUUCCAGAUUUAUAUAAACUUGUUUUCUCCUUUAUAUAAUAUUUAUGUUCGGAGUACCAGUGCUUUAUAUGACUUGAACAUUUGCUUGGUGGCACUUAGUCCUGGUAACUUUUUACUUUUAGGGAAAAAGUAUUACCAUAGCAGCUCCCUUAUUUGCAGUUUUGCCUUCUGUUAUUUCAUUUACCUGCAGUCACCAUGGUCUGAAAAGAUUACAUGGAAAAUUCCAGGCAUAAACAACUUACAAGUUUUAAAUUGCGUGCCCUUCUGGGUAAUGUGAAUGAAAGCUCAUGCUGACCCGCUCCAUCCAGUCUGGGACGUGAAUCAUCCUUUUAUCCGGCAUCUUCACACUGUGUGCCACCUGCCUGUUAGUCACUUAGUAGCUGUCUUGGUUAUGGGAUCAGCUGUCACAGUGUCUCAGUGCUUGUGUCCAAGUCACCCUUAUUUUACCUAAUAAUGGUCCCAAAGUGCAAGAGCAGUGAUGCUGGCAAUUCGGAUAUGCCAAAGGGAAGCCAUAAAGUUCUUCAAGUGAAAAUGCAUGUGGAGGGUUCUCUCUGGUUUUGGGCAUCCACUAGGGUCUUGGAAUGUAUUCCCUAGGGAUAAACGGGGGUGAGUCUCCUGUAUUAUAUAAUGCAAAUAUUUUUAAAUAGACUCGUAUCUUUACUAAUUUUUUUUUUAGAAAUAGAGAUUUUGUGCUGUUAAAUAUUUUAAACUUUUGUAGAACUUUGAAUCAGCAUUGUUAAAGCUGUAGACUUUAAUAUAUGGAAUAGCUAAGUCUGUUUGUAAAAUAAAAUUCUGCCACUCUAACUGUAUUCUCAUAAUUUUCUGUUACAGUCUUUGAGACUCUUAUUAGUCUUACUUA